AUGCUGAGGAAAGUUGCGGACCCGCGCAUCAGCGCGCCUGAUUCAGCUGCAACCCCUUCCAUUCCCACACCGACUAGUUGGAAGCGGGAUGGGUCGACCGACCCUAAAGACGACGUUCAAAAACGUCAAAGGCAUACGGAAAUUCCUGCUGCUGUGACACUUCGCACUUCCAUGAGUUCUGCGGCCCCGGGUACCCUCGCCACAAUACCAAGUACUGGAACUGACCGUCGCGACGACGUCUCUGCAGGAUUCGUUCAACUUGGUACUGUUGAUGCCCGUGAUCGUCAACGAGAGCAGGCGGUGGUCUGUGAAUCUCGACACGUCGUCGAAGAGUUUGAUCACGAGAUGCAUGGUCUGCGUGACCGCGUGGCGCGUCCUGAAGGACAACUGGAUCUUCUCUUGAGGGUUCCUCGACUUGUGGCGUCGCCAACUCUUUCGAUGCAAGCGCCUCGUGAUCCACCAGCGACAAAUCAAGAUAAAGCUUCAGCAAGACGACGUAAACACUGGGUGUGUUUGCCUCUUGCGUGGAAGGUUAAGCGUAUACGCUAUGCCCUUCUUGAACACAACUGUAAACGGAUGAAUGAAGCGAGGACGCAACUUGGCCCUAUAGACCGCUGA